CGAUGACUCAGGAUUGGCAGGAAAACACGGAAGUAUGGACCCUUUCUGCGGAAGUCAAAUAGACUAAUCUUUCAGACAUGUACUAAACUUCAGUUUAAAUAUUUUGUCGUACUGUUGUUUUGUAAAUCAGCAGUCCUGAAGUGACCUUUCACAGCUGACGCGAGAGUUAAAAGUUGUACUUUGGUCACAGGGCUGGAUGUAAAUACAUACAUCUUAGAGCAAAUCACCUUGUUCCUUGUUUGAAGGCAUGACCUCUGCCCUGGGGCGCCGCCUGGUUGCUUGUCUUCUGAACAUUUCUGAGGCUCGGGAGAGAGAUGUGGUGGAGAAGGUGGCACAGGCAGCCAUCACCCACCAGAAUGGAGGAAGACGAAAAGAUGCAACUGUCCUCAACAUCUUCAGUGAUCAUGACUACAACCGUUCAGUUCUCACCAUUGUCACCAGCAUUGAGCUCAUCAGGGAGGUGGUUCUCUCAGCAUCUGAGCAGGCGUUCUCAUUGAUCGACAUGACGGCGCAUGAAGGAAUUCACCCUUGCAUGGGAGCUGUGGAUCUCGUGCCCUUCUACCCUCUAGGAGAGGAGGUGAGCUUGGAGGAUUGUGGAAAAGAGGCGCAAGCUUUAGCCACUGCUCUGACCGAGCGAGUGCCAGGCACCAGUGCAUUUUUCUUUGGACUGGCAGAUAUACCACUGCAUCGUGGCCUUGCACACAGGAGGAAAGAGCUGGGCUGGUUCCGGAAAGGUCUCAACAUGGCUGCUGUCCAGCCGGAUGUUGGACCACCGCCUACGAGACGAUAUGGACUAACAGGCAUCGGCGCAAGCCCUUAUGUAAUGAACUGCAACGUGACCAUCGAUACCCAGGAUGUAUCGAUAGGCCGGAGCGUGGCCGCAGCCAUCCGAGAGUCCAGUCCAGGUGGAAUCCCAGGGGUGCAGGUUAUGGCUCUUCCUCACGAAGGUACUGUGGAAAUUGCCUGCAACGUAGAAAGUGUACCAGCUUCAGCUGCUGGAAGGGAAUCCUGGCCAGCAUUCAGGGUUGGUGGUCAAGAAUUCUGCCAUGCUCCAGCCUCUCUGAUCACCACUCGGGUAACAGAACUGGCUGGAUGCCAGGGUGUGAUGACACGAGGAACAGCACUGGUUGGGUUCACACCGCUCGAGUGUAAGAGACUGGCUGAGAAAGCGCUGUCUCAGGCAGUUGGAGAGUUUUGGAAAAAGCUACACGAAAUACGCAUGUAGACCUGGAGCUUUGACUCCAGCUAAGCAGUGAACCCAGGCCUUGGAAAAUAAACAGCACCAUCAUGUAUAGAGCUGUACAUGUGACUGGGCUGAUCAUUUAUCAUCUUUAGGGUGACCUGGUAUUACUGUAAAGAUAAUUCUCUUACUGCAUUCAAAUAAAACCCAUCCAGACUCCUCA